AUGAUGGAGCUUUAUCUCUUCGCGACCAGUCCACUUUAUGCCGUUAUUAGCGCUUCGGUCACCCGUAUGGGAAUGCAUCUGGGGGCUGGUAAGCCCUCGGAGGCGCGUCUAGCCGCUAAGGUGUGCGGGAAGUGCGUUGCGUUGCUUACAGGGUUAAAUGGUGUCAUCGUUGUAAGUGCGCGGCGACAUCUCGGCCGACUCUUCUCCAUUAACCCACAAGUCACUGACAGCUUUAGUCAAAUCGGUGCGCUUGCAGCAGUAGCAUACUUUGUGCUGUCUUUCUUCUUCUAUGCCUUCGCCGUGUUGAAAGCGCAGGCAAGGUCCAUGCCCAUAAUGGUUGGCUUCGCCUUUGGAGCAUGGCUAGUUGGUGUGCCUAUGGCGUACAUGCUUGGCGUGAAUCAGUCUCACCCGAGUCUCGUAGGUAUUUGGCACGGCAUGAUAUGCGGCUACGCGGUGACGUCAGCUAUCACGUUUACUGUGGCGAUCGGGUGGCCCAACUGGCACCUUGAGGCCCAAAAAGCUGUGGCGCGUUCUCACAUAAAGACGAAGCAGUUUUUACCGCCACAAGAGAUCGCCAUGCUGCUCGCGUAG